GUGGGGCCAAGAUGGUGAGUGCGGGCUGGCGGCUGCGCCGGGCGGGUGGAGGGGGGCGUCGUACUCGUACGGGGCGGGCCGGGCCGGCACCGCCGUGCGUGUGGCAGCCUGUCCACCCCGCUCAGCGGGGUUGCCGCGGGUGGCGGCCGUUGGCCGAGGGGCGCUGGGGCAGUGCUGAGUCAUGGGGUCCGGAGCGGCCAUGGCGGGCGCUUGUGUUGCCGCGUCGGGGUCCUCAGCGCGGCGGGGGGGGGUGGCGCCCCUCGUGUCCCCCUGCGCGGGCCGGUCUCCGCUCGGUCACCGCCGGGCAUCUUCGUGCCGCUCGGGGCCGGGAAGGCGCGAAGGGCGCAUGGCUGCCGUUAAAGCCUUUGUCCUGGGAACGGGGCGGGGGCCGGAGCCCCGGUAAUCCCCAGCCUCCCGGAGCCCCGGUAAUCCUCGAGCCGGGGGCUCUCGCGGCGGGGGGUCGUGCCUCCAGCCUUCGGUGGGUAGCGCUGGUGUCACCACCUAAGACGGACUGGGCACUGGUGUCACUUGAGAGCGUUACUUUUUGGGUGUAUUUCAUGGUUUUCUCCUUACUUUAACUUUGAUCUUCCCUCUUGUCCCAUCUUCCAGGUAAUGUGUCUCUCUAAUGCUUUAAUUUACAGCAAUCUCAGAAAGGUCUGGUCAGUGUUGAGUGUGUUAGUUGGUAAAUGCUUUAUAUGCGUGUAAUAGCAGAUAUUUUAGGGUUUUCUAAUAGCUGUUAGGUUAUUGACAAUUAACAUGUUAGUACAAAAGACCUUAAGUAUGGAUUUUCUAUUGGAUCCAACAGUGCUGCUGGAGGAAACUGCUGCACUGAACAGCUCAUCGCUGUUACCUUCCACAGAUUAUUGCUGUCACUUUCCAGAAUUUAUUAUAUGUUAGCCUAUUGGUAGAGCAAUUUGCAUGAACAAUCCUAAAAUCACUUCAAUAAAAUCGGGCAGGUUAGCAUGAAAUUAGUGGUCUGGGUUAAGAUGGCUUUACUUAGUAAGUCUGUGGAGGUGUGUUUUUCUGGUCUUCUGCCACAAGUUACUGGUUUUCCUUUGUUCUUUCAGUUAACUGGCGUACAAGACCACUUGAAUACACCUUAUCCUCUUUUGGCAGCCUUAAAACAUGGACAAAACAAUUUGAUCUUACUUGAUUGUGUCUGUAUUGAAGUAAAUGAAGGAAUGUUCAGACAUGUGCCUUUCUGUCCUGUCAGCUAAGCAUGACCUGCCACCUUCUUUUCCAUCCCUGCAGCCCAGGAAUUCCAGAGGCGCUGCUUCUCUGUUGAAGGAUAGUAUUCCGAUUACUGAAUUUUCAGCUUCAGGACCAUUUGAAGGUCAAGAUCUUCUGCGUAGAGGCUUUACAAGUGUGAAAAAUGAAUUGUUGCCCAGCCACCCACUGGAGCUGUCAGAAAAAAAUUUCCAGUUAAAUCAAGAUAAAACAAACUUUGCCACACUGAGAAAUAUUCAAGGACUCCACGCGCCUUUAAAGCUGCAGAUGGAAUUCAGAGCAGUGAAACAGGUCCAGCGUCUCCCAUUUCUUCACAGCUCAAACAUGGCGCUGGAUACUCUGAGGGGAAAUGAUGAAUGCAUCGGUUUUGAGGAUAUCCUUAAUGAUCCUUCACAGAGUGAGGUUAUGGGAGAACCGCACAUAAUGAUGGAAUACAAGCUUGGUUUAUUGUAACAAAAUGUACUCCACAAAUGUUUUGUGUGUGUCUUUAUACUGCACAUCUAAAUACAUGAUACUAAAUUGACACUCACAGUGUUAAGCAGUCCUACAGUUAUCAUUUGCCUUCCUUGAUGAAAAGGCACAUUAAAUGUUUAAAGUCUAUAAAUUGUUCUGUGCUUGUUGUCAAUUAUAUAAAUAUCCUGUAACUAGGUAGUUUAAAUAAUUUCUCUUCAUACACUGCUCAGGACAAUAGGAUCUUAACUAUGGAAAUGCUGUAUAUGUAUACAAGAAAUCAAAAAAUACCCUUGCAUUUUAAAGCUGAUUACUGUAGGUAAAUGCAUCAGUGGAUGUUCUUGCAGAAGAACUUUUUAAGGGGAAAAAGAAGGUAUUUUCCAUUGAGUAACUCUUUGUUCAUGACAAUUUCCAUACACUUUUUAAACUAUUGAAUAAAAGUUUGCUAUAAAUGCUA